AAAAGAAGAAGAAAUAGUCACUAACAGCCGUAGAUCGGAGUUUAUAAUUUCAACCCCAAGAACAACCAAAAAUACGUCAGUCAUCGUCUCCUCGAGCAAGUCUUUUUUUUUCUUCUUCUCUUCUGAUAUCCAUUCUUUUGAGAAUUCAAGAGUUAAGAAUUCGAUCGUAGAUAUGGCGGAUGGAAGUAUCCCCAAUAUAAAGAAAUGGGUAGUUUUGUAUCCUGUUUACAUCAACUCCAAGAAAACGAUUGCUCAAGGCAGGCGAAUUUGCACUACUAAAGCUUGCGAAAAUCCUACUUGUGUUGAGAUUGGUGAUUGCUGCAGCCAUCUCAAACUCCCUUUUGCCAUUGAGAUUGACAAAGCAUAUCCCCGUGAUUUCAUGCAAAUAGGGAGGGUGAGAGUGUUGCUGAAAAGGGAAGAUGGAACUUUGUAUAAUCCAGCCAUUCCUACCAGAAAACAGCUAAUGCUCCAUGUUGCUGAGUUGGUGCCCAGGCACCCUGGGAGGACUAAGAAGCAGGAGUCUGCUUCUACGUCAAAUGCUGGAACAUCCAAGUCUGGGAAGGGUGGGAAGAAGAAGAGAUAGUAGCUCCAACAUUGCAAAUGCGGAGACCAUUAUCUCUCUGGCAACUUAGCAUAGCAUCACGGGCUCAGGGAAGACAGACCAUGACAAUAGGCUUCUUUGUAAUAGGUUUAAACUCUCAACGAGUUCAAUUCUGCAGAUAAUGCAAUGUCUUUAGUUUACAUGCGGGUGUUGGAACUCCAUUACUCCUUUUCACACCCAUUUGAGGAAUUUUUAUUCAAGUUUUUUAACACAUCAGAUUCUUCAAAAGAAGCAAAUGUACUCUGCGAGUUUGGCCAACAAUAGACAAAUUUGACUUCCUUCAGGAUAA